AUGAGGGAGACAGCAGCCCAGCUGGCCCAGUCUUGUGGACAUGAGGCAGAUGGGGGCAACCAUCCCAGCUCUGUGCAAGACAGAAGGCCAUGCCUGGCCCAACCGAGCCCUAUGUCAGGUGAGGCAGACGGUGGCACCCAGCCAAGCCAAGGGGGCUGCCUGGGACAGGUGCGCCGUCUCAGCCUGGCCGUGGACGAGGGGCUGCCGGCAGACACGCUGGUGGGGGACAUCAGCGCGGGGCUCCCGCCCGGGGGGGCCCAUCCCGGCGGCUUCUUCCUCUCCGAAGGCAGCGGGGAGUCGGCCGUGCUGGCGGAUUUCCACGUGCACACGGAAACCGGCAUCAUCCGCACGGCCCGGCCGCUGGACCGCGAGCGCAAGGCGCACUACAGCUUCGUGGCGGCCACGCUGCAGGGGGAGAUGGUCCAGGUGGAGAUCACCGUGGCCGACGUGAACGACCACGCGCCUCGCUUCCCCCGGGACGCCGUGCGCCUCGCCGUCUCCGAGCUCAGCCCGCCGGGCAGCGUCUUCCGCCUGCCCGCCGCACGGGACCCGGACGCCGGCACUUUGGGCACGCAGGGCUACUCGCUGCUCCCGCUGCCGCCGCCGGCGGGCGACCAGGGCAGCGGUCCGGAGGAGGACGGCCCGUUUUUCCAGCUGCGCUACGGGAGCCCCCCCGAGACGCUGGACCUGGCGCUCCUGCGGAGACUGGACCGGGAGCGGGCGGACACGUACCGGCUCCUGGUGGAAGCCUGGGACGGCGGGAGCCCCCGGCGGAGCGGCCGCCUGCGGGUGGAGAUCCAGGUGCUGGACGAGAACGACAACGCGCCGGCCUUCGAGCAGAGCGAGUACCGCGCCCGCGUCCCGGAGGACGCGCCGGCCGGCAGCCCCGUGUGCCGCCUGCGGGCCACCGACCCGGACCUGGGCGCCAACGGCGAGGUCCGCUACGGCCUGAGCCGCCGCCAGGGAGACCCUGCCGCCGCCGCCCUCUUCGCGGUGGACGAGCGCACCGGCGUGCUCCGCCUGCUCCGGCCCCUGGACCGCGAGGCCCGCGCCCUCCACCGCCUGGCCGUGGAGGCCCGCGACGGCGGCGCCCAGCCCGAAGUGGCCACCGCGCUGGUCGCCGUCGAGGUGCUGGACGUGAACGACAACGCGCCGGCCAUCCGCCUGCUCUUCCUCGCCGAGGGCGGCGCCAGCGUCUCCGAGGGCGCUCGGCCCGGGGACUACGUGGCCCGCGUGUCGGUGACGGACCCGGACGCGGGCGAGGGCGGCGUGGCGCUGAGCCUGCAGGGCGGGGAGGGCGCCUUCUCGCUGCGGCCGGCGGGCGACGGCGUGUUCUUCCUGUGCGUGGAGGGCGCCCUGGACCGCGAGAGCCGCGACGCCUACGAGCUCCGCCUGGUGGCCGUGGACUCCGCCUCCCCGCCCCUCUCCUCGCAGCGGGCCCUCCUGCUCCGCGUGGCCGACCUCAACGACCAGGCGCCCGCCUUCGCGCAGCCGCACUACCGCGCCGCCGUCUCGGAGGCCGCCUCGCCCGGCACCGUUGUGCUCCGCCUCAGCGCCUCGGACGCCGACGAGCCGGGCUCCCGCAAUGCCCAGGUGCGCUACAGCCUGGCCGCCCCCCACCGGCCGCCGGCCGCCCUCUUCCACCUCGAGCCGCUCAGCGGCGUCCUCCGCGUCCGAGGGGGGCUGGACCACGAGCGCCAGGCCGCGCUGGAGCUGCUGGUGUGGGCCCGGGACUUGGGCGAGCCGCCUCUGUCCGCCUCCUGCCUGGUGACCGUCGUCGUGGAAGAUGCCAACGACAACGAGCCGGUCUUCGAGCAGCAGGUCUACAACGCCACCGUGGCCGAGCACUCCAGGCCCGGCCUUUGUCUACUGCAGGUUGAGGCAUCCGACAGAGAUUCAGGCCAUUUUGGCCAUAUUGAGUAUUUUCUGUAUAAUGGAUUCCAUAACUAUGAAAAAUCAAAAGCAUUCCAGAUAGACCCAAGCAAUGGCUACAUAUGCGUGUCUCAGGACAUUGACAGGGAAGAAGAUCUUUCUACUUAUGAUCUUUUAGUGAAAGCUACGGAUGGGGGUGGGCUAAGUGCCCAAGCUUUUCUUCGCAUUGAGAUAGAAGACAUUAAUGAUAAUCACCCUGUGUUCAACCCAGAAAUUUACAUGACAAGCAUCAGCAGUCGUAUGCAGCCAGGAACUGAAGUCAUUAAUGUUGUUGCUACAGACAAGGAUUCUGGGAUAUAUGGAGUUGUAACUUAUGAACUGGUACCAGGUGACUUCUCUUCCCUGUUCACAGUGGAUACAACAACAGGUAUGAUAUAG